AGUUCAAUGUCGUCGCGGCUCAUAGUCGUACGUAGGGGAAGAUGUUCCGUCCGCAACAAGGCGCAUGAUGAUUGCUACGCCUGACACAAUGUUUCUCAUGACUGAUCAACGAUCCCGGACUCCAUCGUAGAAGUUGUAAAGAUGUCCAUAAUCGACCCGGCCACCGGCCGCGAACUGCCCUCAUCUGACUCCGCCUACCAACGUAUCCUCUUCGUCACAAACAAUGUACACGUCUACGGUAUCCCGCCGCUCACGUCAACCAAAGGCUUCGCCGCAUCGCUCUGGACACACCCUGUUCAACCAACAGCGCAACAGAUCUUUACCGCACGCUUACGCAUCAUCGAGACCACAGUAGAAGCAAAGAUUAAAGUAGACAUCGUGCUCGAGGAUGGCAACACCGGCGACCUGUUUGCCGCAGCGCCAUACACAAGUUCUGUAGUGGUACAACAAGCCAACGACAGCUCACGGUUUUUUGCAGUGAGGGUUCUGGGGGAGGGUGGCAUGAAAGCAACGCUAGGUAUUGGCUUCGAAGACCGAAGUCCGGCCUUCGACUUCAGCAUAGCGCUCACGGAAGCGAGGAAGGUGCUGGGGAUGGAAGGUAGCGGUGCGGCUGGCGCUGCGGCGGGGCGAAGCUCGCAGUCGACCAGCAAUGUCGCGUUGGAGAGCAAUCAAGACUUCAGUCUCAAGGAAGGCGAAAAGAUCCAUAUCCAGGUAGGCUCGAAGGGCCGGCGUGCGGCUGCUCCAUCUGGUACGCCGUCUGCUAGCUCAGGCGACAAUGCGGCACUGUUCUCGAUCGCACCUCCUCCGUCGGCUACCAAGGCUCACGGUGACUCCACUGCUAUUGCGCCACCAUCGGCCGUGCAGGGCAAGUCGGCACAGGAGCUCGGGUUUGACGACGGUGAGUUUGGCGAGUUUCAAUGAGUGACCUCUUACCAACCUGCCCUUCCUCGAAAGUGGACA